CUGUUUUGCAGCACCAGAAGUGGGGUGGGGCUGUUUUGCAGAUUUCAGUUAAAACUCCAACAAUUUUGUGUCAAGCCAUUCGUCGGUCAUGCCAAUCUUAUACGCUGCAGAUACUGGCGUCUAGAAGAGAGAAGAGAUGGAGCUGUGUCUAGAGUUGUCUCUGUCUUUUUUUGUGCUGUUUAUAUUGUGUUACUAGGACAGUGUUAUGUUGCUAUGCCCUCGGGAUAUAAACUAGUUAUAACACGUGCACUCGGGCUGCAUGGCAUAUAUUGCACUCAGCCCUCGGGGCUGGCGCCCUCGUGCUUCAGUGCAAUAUAUUCCAUACAUCCCUCGUGCCCGUGUUAUAACUAUAACAUAUAUAUUUGGAUAUAUAAUUAUAGGCGGAUAAAUGGCUAAAUGGAAAGAAAUGCCAAGUGAUUGUACCCAAAUUUGCCAUUCUCUAUUACAAAAGGGAGAGGGGCCGGCCCCCUCAAAUUGUUUGGAGAGGACCUGAACAUAUGAAAUCGUUCGUUGAGAAUGAAGCUGUAAGAGAUGAAUUUCUUAGAGCUGCAGCACAGUCAACAUCGUCCAAAUCAGAACAACCAGCUGGAAGGCAAAACCAUCCACCUACAGUACCAACCAUUCCCAUCUCAACAACAGAUUUCUCAACCUUGAAGUAUAAUGUGCUUGGAAAGCUUUCCAAUAGAGUUCUCAACCCGUUUCGUAAGAAAAAGGGAUUUUAUUGUGACUUAAACAGGCCGAGGUGGUUUCCGGAAGAACUCCGCUUCCAGUGCCCUACACACAAAGGGCCAAAUGAUGAACGAAAGUACUCCUCUGAUGAGCUUUGUCAGAUCCUAGAUGCUUGUAUGAAGGAAUGUCCUGAGAUAUUCAAAGUGCAUACCAGUGAUGACUCAUUGACAAGUGAAUCAGAUAAUGAGCAUGCUCCUCUGGUCAAGGAACAUCAACAUCUACAACCAAGUAAAUCUGACCGGAAUCAUCAAGCCCUCAAUCCUCAAGAUGCAUUGCCUUUAGUGUAUGACUUUGCAGCAAGUCAUCCAUGGGAGGAGUUGGUGGAGAAAGCUAAAGACACCUACGAUUUAGUAGAUUUCAGUAGCUUAGAUGCUGCUCACCCAGUGGAUAUAAUAGAAGUUAGAAGGCGUUACUUGGAUCGAAGACUCCAGAGUGUGGCGAAAGGUCGACUUCGUAGGGACCUUCAUGCUGGUGCAUCAACUAAAGACGGCAACUGCUUCUUUAACUCCAUCAGCACAUGUCUCUUUGGAGAUGAAUCGAAAAGUGAAAUGCUUCGCCUCUUCACAUUCUGCCAUGCUGUGAAGCAUCAUGAUUUAUACAGGAAAUUGUUCACAAAUGAGUUCAGCAGCCAGGAUCGUGCUCUUCAAAUUCUUAUCGAUCGUUGCUAGUACAGACAGUAUCUUUGUCAACAGGCCUGUGGGUGCUUCCAUCACUGAACUGCUGCAGUAUACCCUGAAAGAGGAGACUAAAGCAACAGCUGAGAAUGGAAGUUAUUCAGGAUUGCUGCAAGUACAGUUUGCGUCGUCUGCACUAGACACAACAAUACAGCAGCACUGUCAAUAUCCCAGGGAUGCAUAUGACAGUUGCGUAGUGCCUCAGUUUUUAAUGAGCAAGGCAAUUCACAUUAUGUGGAC